AUGAUUGAUUGGUGUCGGCACUUCUUGCCAAACUCACUUGAUCAUCAAAUAACCUCUUGGAAGAUGCAUGAGGCGAGAAAUAUAAGGAAUCAACGCCGGGCGAGAGAGUCGUUCUCAAAAGCUGACUCUGAUUCAAGAAUGAAUUUAUCAACAGAUUUAUUGGAGAAACUACAGAAAGAAAGAUACACCACACAAGCAAUAAUAGAAGAAUUGGAAUGCCGUUUAUACGGAAAAGAACCUUCAAAAGAACUAACUUUCAAAGAUAUUUUUCAUAGGGGAGGUUCGAAUAUAAGUGAUAUAUCUGAAAUUGGCGAAAUGACAAAAGAUUUUACAUUUCCUGCUUAUAGCGAUUUAGAAGCUGCUCGAAAGAAUCAGAAGAAAAGUUUCAUGCUUAAAGAUCCACCCAUAGUAAAAGAAAAAGAAGAAGAGGAAACACGUUUAGAUAAGAUAUGUGAUUCAUUAACGAAACUUCUUGAAGAAGCACAAGUGGCUCUAUCGCAACCAGUGCAAGAUGAAACUGUUAUGACACACGGACGAAAAGAAUCUGUCGAUACGGCGUGGGAUUCAGCGAGCACAAUUUCCGCUCAAUCAGAACAAAUAAUGACUCCCGUUGAUUGCGAACAGAAUGGCUAUUUUGAUGUUCCGACACUUUCUCGUCAUUCUUCGAUAUCAUCAUUAUCGACGUCGCCUAGAACACCAGGAUCUUCGUUCAUGGAAGAGAUGUUUGAUGAUGAGCCAAUAGAGAAACCGUUACCACCUCCGUUAACAACCGCGUGUCAACAGAGUUGUGAAAAUUUGGAAAAUGAAUUUCAGCGUUUUAUUUGGACGCUGGAAGCUGAAUCAUACGAUGAUAACAACAUGAUGCAGGAAAAUAACACGGCAUUGGAUUGUAAUAAUUAUAAUUAUAAUUACGUCGAUGCUCGAUAUCAACUUCAAAGAUAUUUAAAUGCACCAACAACGACAACAGCAAAUAUAAUGAAUGAUAACGAUGAAAGAGUCUAUUUUGAUGAACCGGAAGAAAUAAAGCAAGAUGAAAAUGCCUUGAAUCGAGCAAAAUUACAACAAUUCAUAAGCAACGUUUCCACGGUGGAAAAUCUUUUAGCAGUCACCGGAUUUCUUUUCGGUUUUGCUCAAAUUAUCAUGGCAAUUAGAUGUCGGAGUUCCAACCGAUUGAUCGAUCAAUCUCCCAAUGUUCUACAACAAAAUGGCAAGAAAUCAAUCUUUAGAGUUUUAAAAUAUUUGGGAGUAUUCAGUGUUGGGUGGGCGGUUGGACGAAAUAGCAAUAAACAAUCAAAACAACAAAACCAACGACGUCGUCGUUUUCUCUAG